AGAUCCCAAGCAACGCACUUCAUCGCGACACCAGCGCUACUCAGUAUGUUUUGUCUUCAAAGAGUAUUGCAGUCGCGACUGCCCCACUUUCCAGGCUCGUCGCGAUCAGUAGCACGCUAUGCGCGUGCAAACACUAGGACUCUGAAUACUGCCUCUUCGCAAUCUGAGUCUAUGUGGUCGCGAUUGCAGCGAGCUUCGGAGUCUCGAUGGGGCCGUCGCUUGUUCUGGGGGUCGGUCUUCUUUCUCUGUGGAGACUUUUUCACGAGGGGAUUGAUGGGUGAGCUUCUCGAAAUGCCCGUGGCCCCGGGUACAUUGCAGGAUCAGGCGCGACUCGAGAAAAUCGAGAGACAGUUUGAACAUACGCUGCCGAUUGUGCAGAGGUUGCGAGCAGACCCAGACUAUGAGGAGGCCGAAGUCUACGGGAAUUUCUCAGAGGAGGACAAGAUGCAGAGACUGACAUCUGGUCCACUGCAAGGGAGUAGGGGAAUAGCGUUUCAGAGGACCUUCUACAAUGAUAAGGAGAAAACUGCUGUCAAUGUCGCAUACCUAGGGCAAGGUUUGGAAGGCUGGCCGACCAUGGUCCAUGGAGGCGCCCUCGGAACGGUCAUUGAUGAGCAUCUCGGCCGGGUCGCAAUCCGGAAUCUUCCUCAACGUACCGGAGUCACAGCAAAUCUCGAGCUCCAGUACCGGGCACCGGUCCUUUCAAACAAGUUUUAUACCUUCCAUGCCACACUGGAUCAGGAGAGGAGUACGGAGCGCAAAGCCUAUGUUCGUGGUGAAGUUCGUGAUAUGGUUGGGAAGUUGUGCGUCGAGGCCAGCGCACUGUUUGUCGUUCCUAAGAAGUACCAGCUUCGUGAAGUUGGGGAGCGCUUCUAGCAUAGUCAGCGGCAAGAAGAGACAUCCGGAUACGAUGGUAACAUGAUGGCUGGAAUGGGGAAAGUAGCCGGAGGAUGUCACGGGGUUAGUGCUACAGACUAGAAUAAAUGUGGAUGUACAUAUCCAGUUUACGCACUGAGUGCCUCGGCAGGAUUUCCGGUCCAGGAUUGCGUACACGAGAGGGUACCAUGAUGAUGAAGCUGGUUGACCGCAG